AAAUGUAAAAAUCAUAAGUAAUCAAGAUGUUUCGUUUAAUCGUUGCUUUAAGUAUUCUGUCCCUAGCAUUGGGCUUGGAAGAUCGUAUCGUCAAUGGAAAAACAGCAUCCAUUUCAGAAUAUCCAUACCAAGUCUCUAUUCAAAAAUAUAAUUCACAUUUCUGUGGAGGAAGUAUUUUGAAGGAAGAUUUAAUCCUUACAGCAGCCCAUUGUUUAGUAGAUGUUAUUCAAAAGGACGAGGUUGAUACCAUUACUGUUCGUGCUGGAUCUUCGCAUUGGGAUGAGGGUGGUGUUGUCAAGAAUGCUGAGUGGAUUUCAAUACAUCCAGAUUAUCAACCUCAACCAAUGGUAUACGAUGUGGGUCUUGUGAAAACAAUAGGAAGUUUUGUUUUUAGUAGUUUGAUAAAACCCAUUGCUCUAACAAGAGCCUUACCUCCGCUUUAUGAGCCUGUAGUGGUUACUGGAUGGGGACAAUUGAGCGAAUCGGAAACUAAUCUUCCAAAAACUUUGCAAGCGGUUGAGUUGGAAUUCCUUACACCUGAGAAAUGUAGAUCUCCCCACUUUGGUUAUGCUUCAGCUAUUAUGACUUCAAUGAUUUGUGCCGAUGGACCAUACAAGGACUCAUGCCAAGGCGAUUCUGGUGGCCCUCUUGUAGAAGUCGACACCAAUGUACAAAUUGGAGUGGUAUCUUGGGGACUUGGAUGUGCAAAACGUGGAUUCCCAGGAAUCUACUGCGAUCUUACAGAUCCAAACGUUGUUUCUUACUUACGGUCAAAAGUACCCAAUCUAUAUAAUUAGGAGCAAUAAAGAUUAAAUUAUCAUUUGCAUUGAA